AUGGAAAUUCUUUCUGCAGUUAAUGACUUUGACUCAAGUUCUUUAGAAGAUUUUCAUCAAACUACAGAUCUUAUAGUUAAUAAUAUUGCCAAUGCACUUAAAUCUCUUGGUCUUCCUAACCCUAUGAAUGUUAAAGAGUACCUUGCAAUUUCUGAAGAAAAUAUCAUUUAUGAAGUUCUUUCUGAUAAUCAAGUUAUUAUGGAGCUUGUUGAAACCUUCAAAACAGAUGACCCAGUGGAUGCUGACUUGGAAGAUGCUAAUGAUAGUUUUGAAAUCCCUAUU